AUGCCGGUUUCACCCACCAAGAUGAACAGAGCCCAGCAAGAGGAAUGGCUUGACCGACAAUGGGGAGGCAAGUCUUGGCUCCCCGACGACGUCCGCAAGGCACAUGAAAACCCCCCCAAGCAAAACGAGCUCGGGGGCGGUGCAGUCGACUCCCUGGUCAAGAUCACUAGAUUGGCCCAAGACAAAGGUAUCAAGCUGGCAUUCCUGUGGAGUCAGGCACCACCUUACAAUGUGCUUUGGACCGGUGUUAGCCAGCAUCCUAAAAACUCUCUCCGAUUAACUAACGAUAUCGCGAGAGCUGCCUUUAACAAUCUCAAGACAACCAUGCAAUCUCAAAGGGCUCAAGAAGCUGGCGGCCCAUCAGAGGUGGUCACUAUAGAGUCCCGAGGAACUGAGCCCGAGGCCUCUAUGUACGUCGGAAGUGAGCAUGUUGAAAGCGACAGCAGCGAUAAUGAGGAUAUCGAGCCCGUCCUCAAGACCACGCGAAGCCCGAGCAUCAUCUUGGGCGGUUCCCCCAGAUCGUCAGUCAAAUCGCCAGCCAAGGUCGCUGGCAACAACGACAAGAGAAUCUCUUCGAUCUCCACUUUCAGGCACCAGGAGCCCCCAGAGCAGAGACCUGCUGUUUCGGGUGCUCCUUCUCUACCUCUACCCCCAAGAACGAACAUUUCUCGCCUAUUCACCCAACCACCAACUGCCACUUCGGUCAAGCGCAAAAGAGAAAAAGAAUCCAGUGCGAUGACCCCACAGCGAUCCAUGAAGCGUACCGAAACUUCUAAGGUAGAAGAAGAGAGGGUUGACGAAGCCACUGCUAUUUAUAAGCAGCUCACCAACAAUGUGAAACUUACGGAUGAUACGCUUCAAUUCCUUACAAAGGCUCUCGUUUCCUGGUACCCAAUGGAACAAGGCAAGGUCAAGGUCCUCGACCCUCUCUGGUUCAAGGUUGACGGAACAACUACUGGGCACAACAUCAAGCUCGACGGGUAUACCAAGCUUUGUUUCAGUAUCCAUCAUCUAAAGCCUAAGCAUUGGACCUUGGCUAUCGUUGACAUCGAUGACGAUGCGAAAUCCAUGGUUUUCAAUCACCAUGACUCGAGCCCGUGCUGGGAUCGGUUCGAUACGGUUUGCGCCAGCUUCCAGAAAUGGAAGGAAACCGUCGGACACAAAUUCAAGCUGCGGUUCAACAAUGUCGCACCUUGUACUCCACAGCAGGAUAACAUCAGCUGUGGGAUUCACGUGCUAUCCUGCCUACGACACGUCCUGACAGACAAACCCUGCCCCCCAUCGCUCAACCCGCGUGCAGAGCGCAGAUUCUUCAUCCGAAAGAUCAAGGAAUCUGACGAAGUCGAUUAUCCCCUACAGGAGGUCAAGAAGGUCAUCGAAAAACAGGAGUACGAAAUGCUUUUAAAAGCGAUCCGAAAAGAGACACCCGAGUCACUCGAAACAGACAGACAUCUUGCGGUCAUUGCCUUGGACCACGCCCGUGAUGGUCUGAGAGAGGCCCAGGCCGCGUUGAGCCGCCUUCGAAUCGAGCAGGAUACUCUGGCCAAGGCACUGACUCGCCUGGACGCUGCUGUCGAGACUAAAUCCGAGCCCGCUCGUCAUUGGAGCUUCGAACCUUUGAACAGUCUGCGAGCUGACAGCCAGCAAGAGCUUUCUGCCCACAUGUGUCGAUAUAGCAAAACGCUUAUGGAUCAGAGCUUUGCCAAUGGGUCUGAGAUAAGCAGAAAGGUCCUUCGCGAACAUUAUGAUGAGAUCAUCGACAAACUGGAGCAAGCUGAAAAGGAUGUCGCCCAUAAACAAGAGGAAAUUGAUGAGGCAACCAAGGCUGUGGAGAUCAAGACUCAGAUGUGCGACCUGAAGGAAAGCGUGAACAACAUCUUGAACCAGCACGGGUCUCUUCUACCUUGGAACAAUUGGCUCGGGCGGGCUUCAAAUUAG